GGCGGCGCCCAUAGCCGGGGCCGGGCGGCCGCGCCUCCGCCUCGGGGUCUAAGCGCGCGCGCGCAGUCGGGGCAAGGCGGGGCCGCGGGGCCACGUGGGGGUCAGGCCCGGCCCGGCCCGGCCGCUGCCCGGCGGCGGGAAGGUCAGCGCGGGGGCUGCCGCGUGUGCGGCCUCCAUGGCGGCGCCGGCGGUGGCGGCGGAGAGGGUCGGCGUGCAGGCGGGCGAGGCGCCCGCGGCCGGGGGUCCGGGCGGGGACGCGGCCGGGCCCCCCCGGCGCCCCUGGAGGCAACGCUGCGCCUCGUACGUGCUGGCCCUGCGGCCCUGGAGCUUCAGCGCGUCGCUCACGCCCGUGGCCCUGGGCAGCGCCCUGGCCUACCGCUCCCAGGGCGCCCUGGACCCGCGCCUGCUGCUGGGCUGCGCCGGCGCCGUGCUGGCCGUGCACGGCGCGGGCAACCUGGUCAACACCUACUACGACUUCUCCAAGGGCAUCGACCACAAGAAGAGCGACGACCGCACGCUGGUGGACCGCAUCCUGGAGCCGCAGGACGUGGUGCGCUUCGGGGUCCUGCUCUACACGCUGGGCUGCGUGUGCGCCGCCGGCCUCUACUGCCUGUCGCCGCUGCGGCUCGAGCACCUGGCGCUCAUCUACUUCGGGGGCCUGUCGGGCUCCUUCCUCUACACCGGAGGGAUCGGAUUCAAGUACGUGGCCCUGGGCGACCUCGUCAUCCUCAUCACCUUUGGGCCGCUGGCCGUGAUGUUUGCCUACGCAGUCCAGGUGGGCUCCCUGGCCGUCUUCCCGCUGGUCUACGCCAUUCCUCUGGCCCUGAGCACCGAGGCCAUCCUCCACUCCAACAACACCAGGGACAUGGAGUCAGACCGGGCGGCCGGCAUCGUCACACUGGCCAUCCUCAUCGGCCCCACGCCGUCCUAUGUGCUCUACAACGCGCUGCUCUUCCUGCCCUACGUGGCCUUCAGCGUCCUGGCCACCUGCUGCAGCAUCAGCCUGGCGCUGCCCCUGCUCACCAUCCCCAUGGCCUUCUCCCUGGAGAGGCAGUUCCGGAGCCAGACGUUCAGCAAGCUGCCCCAGCGGACUGCCAAGCUCAACCUCCUGCUCGGGCUCUUCUACGUCUUUGGCAUCAUCUUGGCACCAGCAGGCAGCCUGCCCAAACUCUGAGGGAGCGGCCGUCAGCCCCCACGCACACGCACGUCCCUCUUAGAAGACGCGAAGGCAAAACUGUGGGAAGGACUUGCUGUCGUUGAGGAGCCAGGAUGACUUGUGAAUUCGCACUUUCUAUUUAAUAUAUUUUCACCUUCUCCGGAAUGGCCUCUUGUUACUUUGUGGGGAGUCUUGAAACUUCUCUGGUGUCCGAAGGCGACUCAGAUGCUUGGCCGAGUCUUGUUUAUGCUUUCCACCAGAGCGUGGUGUCAGGCCACCUUCAGGAGGACCGAGGCCUCGUCACUGAAGGGGUUGCAGGCUGCCUGUGCUCAAGCUGCGGACCCUGGUCGCUGGCCCAGCUCACCUCCUGUUAGCUGGGUCUUGCUGGGCAGGGUGGUAGCCCCUGUUGGGCCCCAGUAACAGGGCCGUCCUCUCACUCUGAGCGCUUGCUGCUGAGCAAGGCCCUCAAGAACAUCCUGCUGUGGCUUUGGCGCCUGGCCUUCAGAGGUUUGUGUUCACCGUCCUUUUGCUUCUUGCCACAGUGGAGUAGUGUCAGAGCAGCCUGUGCAGCAGGACAAGCAAAGCAAAGCAAAGCAAAGUCGCUCACCCUGAGGUCAGCUGAGAAAGUCAGUCUGCUCUAGGAGAGACCUGCAGGGAGUGCUCUGGAUAACAGGGACUCCAGGCUGGUUCUUUAUUUUAUUUUAAUCAGAGCACUGCUCAGCUCUGUCUGAUGGUGGUGCGGGGGAUUGAACCUGGGACUUCAGAGCCUCAGGCAUGAGAGUCUCUUUGCAUAACCAUUAUGCUAUCUCACCCCACCAACCCCCUCCACCCUCUUUGCUGGUUCCUUAAAGCUCACAGGUUGUUUUCUUAAUCACCUCUCCCAGUGCUUCCUAAUCCCCACCCCAGUUUCACUGGGUCUCAGUUUAUGUGUCCACUAGUCCUGGGGCCAGGCCGUGUGGGCAGCACGUCAUCCACCGAGUCAGGAACCAUCAGCGCUAGUCCUGGGGCCCGGCUGUGUGGGCAGCACAUCAGCCACCAAGUCGGGAAGCAUCAAAGUGUUCACGGAGCCACAGGCAGAGACAACAGCUCUCCAGUGAAUGAGCAGCCCAACAGACACGGUCCUGGCCCUGUUCAGCAUGACUGACUGACAGGCCUGCCCGUGAGAGAGCUGUGUUUUCUCCUUGAUGACAGAUGUGCAGUGUUGACCCUGCUUCCCCAGAGGCUCCUGCUGCUUAUAACGAGUCCACACCCGGCAUGAGGGACCUGACUGUGUUUGUCGUCUCUUCACCUACAUGGCGUAAUUUCUGGGUUAACACUGCCCAGCUGCAUUCAGAUUGAGGCCACCGUCAUUCCAUUUCUUCUGUUGUGAUUAUAGCCUUUCUGAAAAAGUAUUUCAGGGCCUUGGCCUGCACAAAAUGAUAUAAGAACUAGUUUGGAAUCCUCAAAAUGAUGCUAAUUAUGGCUUGACUCCCCAAACCAGAAUCCAUCAGCUUACUUGGGGAAAAAAAUGCACUUGGGAAUGGCAGAAGUCACCUCUGAUGUCAAGACUGAUGUCUGCAGAGGGAUGGAGUCCUGGUCUGAGCUUAGCGACCUGGCAAGGGAAGAGCCCUGCCCGCCUUUCUCCCGGCACCUGUCAGUUCCGUGUGAGCCAGGUGCUGGUGCCCACAGGCCUGUCCUCAGAGGCCAGCUCCUGUCUCCUCAGGGGGCCUCAUUCACAUAGUGCCACACACACAGUGCUCAUCCCCGUGACUGGGACCAAGUACUUCCUGUGCCCAGCGGCCAGACCCACCAUUUGAGCCCUCCUGGUGGAGUGUCAUUCUGCACUGUGUCCUGUGCAGAUUUUAAUCCUUUUUUAAAUAAAUCAACGUUUCUAAAAGUUCCUGUUUGGAGCCAGGUUUCACGUGCAGGGAACCAUGAUUUGUGUGACGUCCCCCAGUUCAGUGAAGGCUUUCUUUAGACUUGCUAAUAAAAAGAAAGAGGAUGUAAUCAGC